GGUAUUUUAUUAUGUGACGGGAGAGGGGGAAGAGAGAGAGAGAGAGAGAGAGAGAGAAAUAUUUCUUCUCCGGUGAGUCUUCGGCCAAGACUCUUGGCUUUCACACCCUGCGAUCCCACGGCAGCCGCGGGAGCGAAGGGGGCGCCCGAAAUCUAGGGUUUUCUCCGAGCCGCAAACCGAGGUUAACCUUCCCUGAGCGCUUAUUUCUUCUCCGUUCUUCCGCCUGAGUUGGGAGUUUGAGGUUGAUUUCUGUGUUGAAAUCUUCAAUCCAUCGUUUUGGUUUGGUCUUUCUUCGUUUGAAGUUUCAUGCAGCGUAUUCAGAAUUUCACCUUUGUUUAGGAUUUGAGCUGAUUAAAAUCGUCAAAAGUCUCAUCUUGUCUCCCCUCCUCUUCUCUUUCUCGUCGCUUUUUUGAAUCGGUUUUUGGAGAUCUGCCUUCUGAGCUAGUUUUGAAGCUUCCCGAUGCUUUUUUGUUUUAGGGAUUUGAAGUUUUCGGAGCUCUUAGGAUUUCGAGGGUUUAAAAUUUGUUUUUUUAGAAGCUAUCUGGAGCCAAGUCUUUAGAUUUUUUCCCCCCCUAUAAUCUGUCUAACUCGCAUGCGAGGGAUCCAAUCCUGUUUUUUGUUUGUCUGAUUCGAACUAGAAGAAAGUGGAAAACUCAUCAAAAUAUUAUCUUGGUUUGCUUUUUUUUCUCCCCCAAUUUGUUCAGCAUCCACAGUGAGUUGCUGACAGCUAACAGAUGGCCUGAGAUUUGGAUGUUAUUUGAAGUGCCUGGUGCUGAGCUUUCGUGGAGUUUUGGGGCUUUUUUGAGGGUUGUUUUGAGAUGGAGGAGGUGGAAAUAACGAAUAGGACGGCUGUGGAAAGCUGCCACAGGGUCUUCAAUCUUCUAUCUCAGUCCCAAGACAAGCUCCGCUUAUAUAGAAAUCUAGUGGCAGAGACUGAAGAGGCUGUUUCUAAAUUUAAGAAAGUAGUUUCCAAGCUUAGCAGUGAAGCUGGUCAUGCAAGGGUUCGGAGGUUGAACAAAGCUCUUUCACCCUUCAAUCAUAAGAUCUUUUUAGAUAGUCCAAUAGUAUCUAGGCCCAUCCCUUCUCCAGUUCCUCUCCAGCUCCUCCCAAGAGAUCCUAUAGAACUCCCAGUAAGAGAAUUAGGUUCUAGUACCAAAAUCCCUCAACAAAUCCCGCAAAGGAUGUUCCUUGAGAAUCCUGCAUUGGAUCAGGAUACUGCUUCUAGAGGCACUCUCCAACUUGGCUUACAAGCUCCCUCCACCCACCUCCAUUUCCUCCAACAGCAGCAGAACAACCAAAAGUUUCAGAUUCAGCAGCAGUUUAAAUGUCAGAGUGAGAUGUAUUCUAGGAGCAAUAAUGGAAUAAAUCUUAAGUUCGAUAACUCUAGUUGCACGGCGACUGGAUCAUCCUCAAGGUCCUUCUUGUCAUCCCUAAGUGUGGAUAGAAGCGUGGCAAGCAUGGAUGGGAGGCCCUUCCAUCUGAUCAGUGGGCCAGAAUCAUCCAAUCCAAUUAACUUGAACCAGCCUCCAAGGAGGAGGUGCAUUGGCAAAGGGGAGGAUGGGAGUGGCAGAUGUGCCACUGCGGGCAGGUGUCAUUGCUCGAAGAAAAGGAAGCUAAGAGUGAGGAGAUCUAUUAAGGUGCCUGCCAUCAGCAACAAGCUUUCUGAUAUCCCAGCUGAUGAAUACUCAUGGAGGAAGUACGGACAGAAGCCAAUCAAGGGCUCUCCUCAUCCUAGGGGAUAUUAUAAAUGUAGCAGCAUGAGAGGCUGCCCUGCAAGAAAGCAUGUUGAAAGGUGUGUGGAUGAUCCCUCGAUGCUUAUUGUUACUUAUGAAGGUGAGCACAACCAUGGCAGGUUAUUGUCCCAACCGGUGCACACAUAGAGGCUGGACCAAGCUCCUUCACCAAGUGGUUCUAAUGCUCGCUUAGAUGUAUUUGCAAGCAUUUGAGUUUCUCCUGUAAAUAGAGCUUCUGUGAUUGAGAAAUCCAUGCCAUAGGGAGGUAGCUUACAUGGGAUGGUUUCUGGGUCUUUUGUGGUUUUGAGGGGAGAUACAAGGAAAAGUUAUUUUCCAUUUAGCCGCAAAGAAAUGCUAGCAAGAAAUGGUUGAACUGUAACAACUGUUGUUGACAUUAAAAAUUCUGGUAAAUCUUAAUUCUCUUAGAUUUAGACUUAGUUCGAAGUACUCAAUUUUCUAACUAUGAAGGGUCGAAGGGUGGUGUAAUCAACAAUACAAUGCGAUGUUGGAAAACGACUGAAUGAGUAUAUCUAGUCUUGAAUUCAAAGAGUAGAAACUUAUGUUGUUCAAAA